AUUAUUCAAUGUUCGAUAUUUGCGGUCACCAUUAUCCAUGGAUAAUAAUAAAUCCAAUUUUCUAUAGAAUCUUUCAAUUGAACCAAACAAGAGCUAACCAUGGCUGUGGGCGCUUUUCCAUUAAUCAAAUUGGCCGCAUUGGCAAUACGACAAGUAUCCAAACCAUUGGCCAAUCGCAUCAAAACAUCGGCCAAAAAUAGUCCAUUUUUUCGAAAUUAUAUUUGUAUGCCUCCAGCACAGAUUUACCAUUAUUUCGAAGUGAAUGUCAAAAUGAAACUUUUGGGUCUGGGCAAACCAUCCAAUGUAAAUAAAUUGAAUGAAGCUGCCGCCAUUGAACUUGGUGCUGAAUUGUUGGGCGAGGGAAUCAUAUUUAUGGUCGCUGUUUUGACUAUUGCCGGCGAAUACUAUCGACAAAGUAAAAAAGCCUCGGCUGAAGCUGCCGCACUUGAAGAACGAUGGCAGCGUGUUGAAAACAAGAUUCUCGAUCUCGAAUUUUUAGUGGAAAGACACGCGACCGAAAUUCGCGAACUGAAUCGAAUGAUACAUACUAAUCAAUCCAGUAUCAAAAGAUUUGCUUCCACUCUAUUCUCGUCGUCAUCUUCGAAACCAUCGAAACCAACCGAUAAUAGUGAUGAUAGUGAAAAAAAUGUCGAUAUUGUGAAAAGUUCGAUUGAUGAUGCUGUAGAUAAAAUUGUCAAAUGAAUAUUUUUCCUGUAAAUAAGAUUUAGAAUAUCUUUGAA